GGAUGCGCAGCAGCAAAGGCUGCCUUUUGAGAGGUGCUUUCUCGUCGUAUAAGACUGUUCUCUCCAAGCACGUAAAUCCUGUGUUACCACCAGUCGACACUUUUUUUUAAAAAAAAUGCAUUUAUAUCCCAUGUUUUUGCCCGAGGAACUCAAGGUGGCACGCAUAGUUCUCAUUUAAUUCCCAACAACAACCACCCUGCGAGGUAGGUAGGUUUGGCGGAGAGGCAGGGAAUGAUCCAGUAAAUAAUAAUUCCUCCCUAAAAGUCCAAUGCCUACGUCAUAUGGAAUGGGCUUCCUGCCGGCAGGAGUCCCUGGGCUAGUACGCUCUAUGCGGAUUGGGUCCCUCCCUGGAUUCCCAUCUCAAAUCGACUGACAAGAACGGCAGUUUAUGUACACACAGUAACUUAAAACGUAGCCUACCUUACAGGACUGUUGUGAAUACACAAGGGGGAUGGGAGGAAAGCACACACAGCCUAGAGCAUCUGGAUAGAAAAGCAAGAUAGAAAUAUGCACAGAGCAUAGUUUUAACAAUGAAAGACACUUCCAUGGGAAGUGGUGAUGAUCACCAUCUCGGACGGCUUUAAGAUUAGACAGAUACAAGGGUGAUGAGGCUCUCAGUGACUGCUAGUCGCAGUGGCUAGGCCAGGGGUCAGCAACCUUUUCAGCAGGGGACCGGUCCACUGUCCCUCAGACCUUGUGGAAGGGGAAAAAAGAAUUCCUAUGCCCCACAAAUAACCCAGAGAUGCAUUUUAAAUAAAAGCACACAUUCUACUCAUGUAAAAACACACUGAUUCCUGGACCGUCCGCAGGCAGGAUUUAGAAGGCGAUUGGGCCGGAUCCAGCCCCCGGGCCUUAGUUUGCCUACCCAUGGGCUAGGCUCUGUCUCCAGUACCUUCUCAAGACUAGCUGCUAUCAAUACAUAAAUAGAAACCAAAGUCCAGUCAAACAUAAGCUCAACCUGGCAGGUAACAGUCUUUGAUUUGGGGAAGAAAAGCAGGAUAAGGCAGGUGGGCCGGUGAUGCAGUGCAAUGCUAAAGAAACCAGUGGGGAAACAUAUGAUGGAAAGGCAGCUUUGUCUCUAAUACUGUAUCCCUCCUCUCUCUCUCUCUACCCACCCCCACUGUCUUCCCCAGUCAGCUGCUGGAAACCAGCACCAGGGAGGUUCAACGGCCUCUGGGAUAUGGACUCGAGGUUCCCUCCCGUGCUUCCUGUUUACCCACCAUGUGAAAUGCAGCAGGAAUGUUUCCUGGAAAUGUCCUGCCUCUGUAUGCAACCAGAUUCCAGCCCCCAGCCAGUCUCCUCUCCCUCCCCUCCCUCAGCAGGGGGAGGUCUGAACAUUUUCCCUGCUGCUGCCUCCCUGAUUCCAGGCACGGUGUCAACAGAGAAGCAGCAGCAAGAAGGCGACCUGUCAGCAAAUGCAAAUAGCCCCCUCCCCUUCCUAACCCCCAACAGAUACACACGCCCUGCAUAACCCACAGCAGCUACUCCCCCAAAGGAUGAGGCUUCACUGCGUGGCUUGCUUGUUUAUUUCCUGCCUGUAUAUUUCAGCGAUCGCUCUCUCUGAAGCUAGGACAUGUAAGUAAAAUCAGUUGGAUUCCCAACUUUAGUUAAAAGUUCGUUUUUGUUUGCUUUUUCAGUGAAACUCAGAAUUGUGUCCCGGUGCCCUCUUGCUCCAGCUGGGUGCUUGUAGUGUGUAAUGACAAUUGCAAAACCGUUCUAAAAACAAAAAGGGUGCAAAGGAUGUAUCUUUGCAUCAACAAAUUUCUGCAAUAGUAGAGAUGCAGAUGUGUUUACUCAGGAGUAAAUCCCAUUGAGUUCGAGGAAAUUUGCUCUCCAGAAUGUGUGCGGAGGACAACCAACUGUAAACUUGAUUUGGUUCAUUUGUAUCAGGUAUGGCUGAGAGAUGCUGAUUUUGAUUGUAAAGAGCUACUCUUGUUGGAAAAGUGACCCUGUUCUGCUCAAGCAAAUCCCCAUCCCCCAUCCUGAAGCAAUCAGUUUUUGUGCAAAGCAGAGCUAAGGACUAGGAAGCAAUCAAUGUGCUGAAGAAGUAAUUAGCAAUACUGACAAAUAAACAUGUUUUCCACUACUGCAAAAUAAUGAGGUCACUUAAAAAACAAUGCUGUGCUGCUGAAUGUUUAUGCAAUAUCUGACACAGGAUAAUAACAAAAAAUAAUAAUGUUUCUUUUUCUGAUCAAGAGUCAGUUCUCUUUUUGUCAGAGUUUUUGGCCGUAUUCUUUCACCAUUACAUUCUUGGUUUUCUUUCUUUCUUUCUUUUGAAGUACUGUGCUUUUUCUAUCACAAAGAGGUAUACUAUAGUAGCCUGUCUCCUUAAAGCAUAGCUUAAAUUAAAACAAAUUAUAUUUUAAUGAGAACAAGCAGUGUAGUGUGCUAUUGCAUGCUGAUCAAAAGUUCCCAUGAUGCUCCUAACACAUGCACACACACCACACUGUGAUCUCAGCUUAUGGGUUGUUUCUAAGCAAACCAUGAUGGAUUUGUAAGGUUUUUUUCUUGGUGUAGAAGCAACAGAAGCAGAGGAGGACUCCACAGGAUCUUUUCAGCAGUAUGCAACAGCACACUGCUCAUUCACAAUAAACCAUAGUUUGUUUUAAACUAUGGCACAAUGGGGGGGGGGGACAAAAAGUUGCUGAGCUUUUACAAUAGAGGGCAAAAAGGAAAGGCAUUUUCAUAGCCUAUGACCACAAUGCCCACUAGCCUAAUGUAGGAGGAUGAGGAGAGAUUUGUUAUCCAUGGUAAAUGUGUUUAGGACUACUUGUUCAAAAUGUCAGAAAUAAUAGCUUUCAAGUAACACAGAAUUUACCUCUGCUUUCAACGUUGGUAUCCAAAACUAAGACUUGAAAUUAAAUUAAAAGAAUAAUGUUACAUAGCUAGGAAAGCUGGGGGGUUUUUAAGAUAGCAGAAAAGUUUUAUUAUUUUUAUUGUAGAGGUCUGACAAGUUUUAUUAGAACUGCUGCAUCUCACAGCGAUCUAUGGGAAAACACUUUUAUUUGAUGGACAUUUUGAUUGGAAUUGCUUUCAUUCAGAAAUGAUAUGCUGUACAUAGAAAAGUUUUUUCAAAGUUAUAAAUCUUAAUAGAUUUGCUUUCCUGGAUAUAUUACUUCUGGCAGAAUACAGAAACAGAUUUUCAACAAAUUAAAGGAUCCAACAAGCAAAUGCCAACUGACUUUUAUAAAGUAGAAAGCAACUUGUGCAAAACUUACAAUUGUAUUAGUAGAACUGAGCUAUAUCUUGAAAGUGCAGUGUAUGCCAUGCUGCUGUAAAAAAAUGUUUUUGCCUCAAAAGAUCUGCAUUGGAAGGAAACUUAUUUGUAACUCAAAGCAUUCAAUGAUUUGAACAUGGGGCUAAUAAAAUGUUUCACUUUUACUUUUGUUUUAUUGAACUAUGAAGUCCAUAUCUGUUGGAAGCCAAUAGCAAGUGCCCUGUUGACUUGAGAAAGAUGGCUAGGUCAAAUAGGUGGCGAGGAGUACCUCUGAUCAACUUCAGCUGUUCCUGGACAGGGACAACCUGUCUCCACAGCAGUUCAGGCAUUGGUGACAUCAGAGAUCAAUUACUGGUUGCUCUGGUCUCUCCAGCUAGCUCAGAGUGCAGCAGUCAAGACUCCUGACUAGAACAGCCUGUCAUCAGCAUAUAAUGUUGCUGAAAUGACUGCAUUGGCUGCCACUGUGCUAACUAGGCCAGGUCUUGCUGAUACUGAAGUUGUACACAAUUUGGGACCAGCGUAUUUGAGGGACUCCCUUAUUUCCUGUGUGCCAGGCAUUCCAGUUUUCAAGUGAGGCACUUUUAACUGUUCCACUCCAUAAUUCCCUCUGAACUUCUGCCAUUGAAAUCCCAGUAAUGUCCAGGCAUAUGGCAACCCUAAUUUAGUGGAAUUCCCUCUUUUUGGAUAUCCAGCAAGUGUCCAAUGUGCUUUGCUUUGGACCAGGACUGGACUUCAACUUGCACCAGCCCCAACCAGCAUAGCAAAAGGUCAGGGAUGAUGGGAGUUGUAGUUCAGCAACAUCUGGAGGGCUCAAGUUUCCCAUCCCUUCUUAGACCCUUGUUAGAACUUUCUUAUUCUCUUUCUUUCUUAUUGGCCUCAUGUUGUCCACACUAUUGAAGAUGCUAUACAAUGGUACCUCGGUUUAAGAACAGCCCUGUUUAUGAACUAUUCGGUUUAUGAACUCCGCAAAACCAGAACUAGUGUCCCAGUUUGUGAACUUUACCUCAGUCUUAGAACAGAAGCCGAAUGGUGGAAGGGCACCGGCAGUGGGAGGCCUCAUUAGGGAAAGCGCGCCUCGGUUUAAGAACGGUUUCGGUUUAAGAACGGACCUCCGGAAUGGAUUGACUUCAUAAACCGAGGUACCACUGUACAGCUUUUUCUGUAUUUUAUUUUGUACGUUCUUUCGAGACUCAAAAUGUGCCAUUUUCUAGCAUUUUCUAUAUUGAGCUGUAUAGAAAUUCUCCCAAAUAGAUAAGAAAUUAAUAAAUAUACUCUCUACUUUUGAUUGGAAAGGGCCCAAAGCUCAUUUGAUUUGCAGGCCUCACUGCAUUGCAGUGGAGCACUUCUAAAUGGGUCAGUUUCCUUUCACUUGAAUCGAAACAUAUGACCCACAUGCAAGAAGAUUUCUUCUUUCCCUGACAGUAAAAGCCUUAUUCAUGAAUCACUUUUCAGUGACUUUCAACUCCUAAAGCCCAAGCCAGUGCUUUUUUUCUGGGGGGAAAGGUGGGGGGACUCACUACAAAGUUUGUUUGUUUGUUGUGGGCCAGUCGCAGUGCCAUACACAUACAGCAAUGGCUAAAUGUAAGAUGUGAUUAAUAAACUCAAGCACACAGUGAUCUGGAUUAGAAAUGGCAACAACUUUAUUGAUUUUUGGCUCAGGCAUUGGGGGUAUAUCAGUUCCAGCCCCCACAGGAUCCCCCCUUCAAAUUAUUUAUUUAAUUUAAAAAAGUUAAGGGAACUCAGCUCCCCUAAGUUCCUGCUCAACCUCCCCCCAGCCCAAACCAAAUCUUAUUUGCUCAGAAGGUGUCCCACUGAAAUAGGGUUUUAUUUUUAUUUAGAAAUGGAGCCUUAUUUAUCCAAAUUACUGUCCUUGUCUAUUAUCUGAAUAAUGCUCCUGAUUAUGGAGAAAUGCUCUGAACCAUUCGGAGUAGCAAAACUGAUUUUAAAAAAAUACCUUUUUAGCAGCAGUUGCUGUAUAUCCUACAGCUGUGUAUCCUAACAUACAGUAUAUAUUUUUUGUUCCUUAAGUAACCUUUUGUUCCUUAAGUAACCAAAACAUCACCAUUCACAGCAGGGUUCAGAGAAACCCAAGUUUCGCAGAAGUUUAAAAAAAAUACAGAGGGAGAAAGUCUAACCAGGGAGAUGAGACCCUCCAAAACAGCUCAAAGCAGUCUUUACAUUCUAAGUGGCCACAGGAUGCUGAGUGUUUGUUGUGGGAUGGGGAAUAUAAAACCAGGCGGUAGUGGUGGGAUGGUGUAUCUUUGGGUAAGUCGUGUCUGGUACCCUGAAUAGGAGUACUCCGUAACUAUCUAUUGUAGACCCACUUGUAUGAUAUAUUGCGGCAUGUUCCCUCUGUCAGGAAUAUAAGAUUUUAGUGCUUGAAGAAGUGCUAGUGGUAUUGAAGUUAUGCUACACCCUCCCCAGGAAGGCUCAACUGAUCAUUUUAUUACUUAGUUUUAGGUGGCAGUGUUUCUUUCUUUCUUAGUAAACACUGGUGUGCACAUUUUGCUAGUGCUAUAUUAUAAGCCAUGUAAUUAUAUCCUACAGAUAUAAGCACAUUCAUUUACAAAUUUUAUAACUUUUUAAAAAUUUGUAAAAUAUCUUGAGUUCCAGUCUAAAAAAACCAUACCAAGAAGAGUCUACUAAAAUUUACAUAGGGCUAUGGAAGUUUUUUACUAGUCGCCUUCCUGCCUAUUCACUACUUGGAUUUUAAUCACAGGACGUUAUUAACAAGGCAAAAAUAUGGAAAGAAUGCACAGUUCCAGAUAAUCCCACAUUACAGACACAACUAUGGAAUGGUCCUGCUGUGCAGUUGUACAGGCACAAAUCUGCUGUUUUUGUAUUUGCCAGUGUAGUAUUUUCUUUACUCAGUUGUGUCUCAGGUAUACAAAGCUGCAUAACAAGGCUAUCUCAAUAUUUUGUUCAUUUUACCCAGUCACCUAGUUAGAAAUGUCCAAUCUUCUUAACCCUUCUCGCAUAUACAUAUCAAUACCCAUAGACCAGUCCAGUCCAAGCCAGUAGGAAGAAGUUGUGCCUAGUUUUGCUGGAGUGUCCUUGUUCUCUCCCUAGAGUGCUUUGCAUGCCAAUCAGUCUCUGCUGUCAGGGGCCUCUUUUAUACAUCCCUGCCCAGUACUCAACAGUAUGUGGGAAAGUGAGCUUGUUCAUUCCUGCUGCACGGGCUUCAUUGCUUGCAGAUUCCCUCCAAAACAGCUUAUUUAAGUAUUCUUAAAGUUAUCCUCUCUAUCAUUUUGACAUAUACCGUAUUUUUCGUUCUAUAAGACGCACCAGACCAUAAGACGCACCUAGUUUUUGGAGGAGGGAAAUAAGAAAAAAAAUAAAUCUGAAUCUCAGAAGCCAGAACAACAAGAGGGAUCGCUGCGCAGCGAAAGCAGCGAUCCCUCUUGCUGUUCUGGCUUCUGGGAUAGCUGCGCAGCCUGCAUUCGCUCCAUAAGACGCACACACAUUUCCCCUUACUUUUUAGGAGGGAAAAAGUGAGUCUCAUAGAGCAAAAAAUAUGUUAACUAUCACAAGCAACUGUUCAGUGACAAUCCAUUGGUAGAGUAGGUAGGUAGGUGGAUAAACUUGCUGCAGAGGGGCAGCUGAUCAGUUAACCCAUUCCAUACCAUUUUCUAUCUGUCACUUAAUAGUCUGUGUCCGCUAAGCAGUUCAGUGCUCAUUGGGCUGUUGUUGUUUUUAAGGGGUGGUGUGAUCCUUAUUUCUUGCAUUUUCGCAAUCUUAAGGUUCCCCCAACCAAUUUGAUACCACUCUCAUAGUUUUCUGUGGCUGGUCUUUUGGCUUCUUUUCUGCUGGUGCUCAGCUCCCUGUGUUUACUAUUAGAGGGGAUCACAAAUGAAAGACAGUGCUUGAAACCAGAGUACUACCUUUCCUUAUGUAUAGAUGGUUGCCUAAUCACCAGGAUAAACCAACUAUCCCCUGCCCAGUUUAACCCCCAGCCUGAGCCAGGGGAAACUCAAGAGUGGCUAUUUUUUUCACAGUGGUCACAUCUGUACCAUAUACUUCAAGAACUCUUAUACCACUUUAACAGUCAUGGUUUUCCCCAAAGAACCCUGGGAACUGUAGUGCUAAUCCCCCAGGCCUACAUAUCUAUGUGCCCUUAAGAAACUACAGUUCCCAAGAUUCUCCAUGACUGUUAGUGUGGCAUGGAUGUGGCCAGUGUUCUCUCUUAUGUGGAUGCGCAUCACAUGAGGAGCCUGGUCACCAUGAUACUUUCUGUAUGAAAUGACAGGUUAUAGGUGCUGGAAACCUGCUAGGCUGUUGGGCCCCACCCCCCUGUUCCUACCCACACUAUUCAUUUAAAGCACAUGGCUUUCCUCAAAGAACCAUGGAAACUGUAGUUUAGCCUUCACAGAGCUACAAUUCUCAGCACCUCUAACAAACUACAGUUACCAGUACACUUUGGUGAAAGCCAGGUGCUUUAAAUGUAUGGUGUCUGUUCCAUUGAGGAUGUAUGGAGGGUUCCUGCUUGCUGCUAUCCUGAAAGGCAUCUUCAGGUCUACUUAGUUUCACGUCUAACUGACUGGAAACGAGAAUUCUGUAGCCAUGUGAAAUUGACUAGUCCAGAAACUGGCUGCUUCUGUGGAAGAUUUUCCAAUCUUCAUGGCACUCCAUAGGUUCAUUCUUAAUUAUCCCAGCUGGCUUUAUCAGGAAUUUGUCAUGUUCUUAAUAUGUUUAGCAGUUUCUUAAUGGGUUAGGAUUUGUAGCACACACACACAAAACAAAGCAAUGCUGACAUUUAAUUAGUUAUACUGCUUUAAUAGUGGUCCACGUGGCCACCAAAAUCUUAACUUUAAAUCUUUGUUUUAAUUUAAGACAUUGCUUGGUUGCACAGCAGAGCCUCUUACACCCAAAAUGCUUGUUUUUUAAAAGUUUUAUCUGAGCACCAUGCAUCAGAGUUUCUUGCAAGAAAACGUCGCGCAAACUCCUUUAUGGAAGAAAGCAAGAAGGGGAAUUUGGAGCGGGAGUGCAUUGAAGAAUACUGCAACAAGGAAGAAGCCAGAGAGGUCUUUGAAAAUAACCCUGAAACGGUAAGAGCUCUUAAGACUAUGGACAAUUUCCAGUUACUAAGGGUGGCAAGUAGUCAUGGUAGAGCAUAGCCUGCUUCUGUGAUUUAUAGAAUCGUAGACUUGUAGACUUGAAAGGGACCCUGAGGGUUGUCUAGUCCAACCCCUGCAAGCAGGAAUCUAAACUGAAGCAUCCACAACAGAUGGCCAUCCAAUCUCUGCUUCAAAACCUCCAGUGAAGCAAUGCCCACCACCUUCCGAAGGAGUAUGUUCCACUGUUGAACAACUCUUACCAUCAGAAAGUUCUUCCUGAUGGGGAGUCAGAAUCUCCUUUCUUGUAACAUGAAACCUUUGGUUUCCAGAGCAGGAGGAAACAAGUGUGCUCCAUCUUCCAUGUUGACAGUCCUUUAAAUACAGUCGUACCUCUGGUUACAUACUUAAUUCGUUCCGGAGGUCCGUUCUUAACCUGAAACUGUUCUUAACCUGAAGCACCACUUUAGCUAAUGGGGCCUCCCACGGCCGCUGCCCGAUUUCUGUUCUCAUCCUGAAGCAAAGUUCUUAACCCGAGGUACUAUUUCUGGGUUGGCGGAGUGUGUAACCUGAAGCGUAUGUAACCUGAAGCAUAUGUAAUCUGAGGUACCACUGUAUUUGAAGAUGGCUAUCACAUCUCCUCUCAGUCUCCUCUUUUCCAUGUUAAACAUACCCAACUCUCUCAACCGUUCCUCAUAGGGCUUGGUUUCCAGACCUUUGAUCAUCUUGGUCACCCUCUUCUGCAAACAUUCUAGCUUGUCAAUAUCCUUCUUAAAGUGGGCUGCCCAGAACUUGGUGUGACCAAGGCAGAACUUUUAGUUAUUUAUUUCAACAAUUUGUAUACCAGUUAAUCACAGUUGUCUCUAACUGGUUACAAUAAGACUAAAAACGAGUUACCGGUAAUACUAUAAAAUCAGAAUUCAAUUCAGUAAGCCUUCAGUAAGCAUUUGAUAAGCACUGGAAGUUUAACAUGGAGGGGAAAUAUCUGACUUUAACUGGAAAGGAGUCCCACAAAAUUGAGCCCACAAUAGUGCAUUUGUGGCUCCUGAUGAAUAUGAGCCAUGUAUCCAAGCCACAGGGGACCACUAACAGUGACUCCCCAAAAUACCUUGGUGGCAGCACAGGACAUUCUGAGGUAUGCUGUUCCCAAGUUGUUAAGGGUUUGUAAAUUAAUGAAAGAAACUUGAACCAAGCCUGGCAGUGUAAGGGCAGUCAGUAACAUUCCCUUCUAAUGUUCAAUAUGUGUACAUACACUUAUUUUACAGCUAUCAUUAAGCACUAUUCUGAAUUUUCCAGCAAACCUAAAUACUAGGAGCCUUUGUUUAGGGUUUGAAUAGUAUAUCCAAUUCCUAUGUACACUUUCACAUCAUUAAGCAAGUGACGGUAUAUGGGAUUUUUCCAUAUUAUGGCUUUAGUUCAUAUUUGUACUGCUCUUUAUAAGGCUCUUGUGUCAUUUAAUUAUUGCUCAUAUUUCAUCUUCACUCCUGUUCCACUUUGAUAGAGAAUGACCAUGGAACAGAGCUUUUAUCAGGUCUUGUUAUUGAUGUUUUAAUUUUCUGGGGCAAUGGCUGGGGCCACCCAGUCAGAUGGGUGGCAUAUAAAUAAUUGAUGAUGAUGAUGAUGAUGUCAGGUGGUCCUUAGCACUUGACCAUGUUCUCAGACUAUACAGAGUAUACAUUGACGUCUUUAAGAUGUGACUUUAAAAUUAUGGAACCUCCAGGUUCUAGAGUGACCAAGCAAAGAUGCCCCAUCUCGUUCUUUGAAAUCACAAAUGAGAUUGAAUAGUGAGCUCAGUUACAGGUUCUUAGCCACAUAAUUAGAAAGGAUAACCUGAUCUCAGUUUGUUGGUUCCUCAAGAAGUAUUUUCAAAGUUAGGCUGCUUUGCCGCACUUUACUUAAUAAAUAUUUUGUGAGUUGCAUUAAAAAACAAUUUAAUUAAACUAUUAAACAAGCAACAAAUACAAAAAAUGGAUAAAAUCAAUUUCUUUAUGACCUAUUACAGUUACAGCACAAGCAAAUUUUAAUUAUCAUCCUAAGCAGCGCAAACAAUUAAGCUGUUUCUCCUAUUUGAUUUACAUUCUAAUGGGAUCUGUCUUUCUUCCUUUUUCUUUUUAAACACAGGAUUAUUUCUAUCCCCGAUAUUUAGGUAAGUUUCGUUUUAAAAAGUCCAAAUUUAUUUACUUAUGUAACAUUUUUCUUUAAAAGAUUUUAGGAGAAAAUUGGAAGGUGGUUGCAAUGAAAUGAUUUGCAGUCAGUGAGACCGCUUAAUGUGAUUAUAUUUGCAAAGCAUAUAAGUACAGUGGUACCUCGCAAGACGAAUGCCUCGCAAGACAAAAAACUCGCUAGACGAAAGGUUUUUUUGUUUUUUGAGCUGCUUCGCAAGACGAUUUUCCCUAUGGGCUUGCUUCGCAAGACGGAAACGUCUUGCAAGUUUGUUUCCUUUUUCUUAACACCGUUAAUACAGUUGCGACUUGACUUCGAGGAGCAACUCAUAGAAUGUGGUGUGGUAGCAUUUUUUGAGGUUUUUAAAGACUUUGGUGAUUUUUGCAGCUUUUCCAAAACUUUCCCAACACCGUGCUUCGCAAGACGAAAAAAAUCGCAAGACGACAAAACUCGCGGAAUGAAUUAAUUUCGUCUUGCGAGGCACCACUGUACUCGUCUGUGUGGGCAGCAUCUCCCAUUAUAGCUGCCCCACUGUGACACUAUAUGGGAUGUUUUUCAUUGAGAGCAGGAUGCACAGCACAGAACUGUUCUCUGUUAAUGCCAUAUUUUCUUCAAUCCAGCAAGGCUAGCAUCUCCCUAUGAGAUCACCCACUGCCCUGCAUUCUAGCUUCUGUCUGCAAUAGCAAUUAUAUGGAGAAAGAAACUGCAUCUGAAAGUUUUCUUGGGAGCAAUUAUGUCAUUGAAAGAUGACCGACUAAAGAGCUCGCCAAACGGCCUCGGCCCAAUAUACCUGAAGGAGCGUCUCCAACCCCAUUGUUCAGCCCAGACACUGAGGUCCAGCUCCGAGGGCCUUCUGGUGGUUCCCUCACUGCAAGAAGUGAAGUUACAGGGAACCAGGCAGAGGGCCUUCUCGGUAGUGGCACCCGCCCUGUGGAACACCCUCCCACCAGAUGUCGAGGAAAUAAACAAUUAUCUGACUUUUAGAAGACAUCUGCAAGCAGCCUGGUUUAGGGGAGUUUUUAAUGUUUGAUAUUUUAUCAAGUUUUUAAUAUUCUGUUGGGAGCUGCCCAGAAUGGCUGAGGAGGCCUGACAGGUGCAAUACUCCCACCCACCCACCCAUGCUUUCCGCAUGCUUUUCCCAUGUGGUGGCAAUCGGAAGGGAAAGAUUCAUGAAAUGGGACCUACAAGUUGAAAUAGUUACUUUGGCAACUUCCUUUCAUAUGAGUUUCAUUGUGGUCAUCAGAGUAAGCAUCUGGCAUAAAUGGGGGCAUUUUUGUUGAUUCCAAAACACCUUCCCCUGGAAACCUGGCUGACCUCUUUUCUCCCUGCCUUCUGCAAAAAAGUAAAAAAAGCUGCUCUUUCAACAGGCCUUUGCUACUGGCAAAGUUUGAUUAUCGAGUGACAUUCAGGCUGAUGGAUAUUGCUUUUUGUUGGUGUGAUUUUAGAUGGUUGUACUGUAACCUUAGCUGCCCUGGGACAGAAGGGCAGGACCACUUAUUUUUUGUCCAAAUAAAUAAAGCAGCAGCUUUGUGGCUGUGUCUCAUUCCACAGUAGGCCUAGCAGUGUGGGGAUUGAUCUAAAGGCAUUGAGGGACACAUGAAAUGGCAGCAAGCCAGGUGUUGCUGUCUUUUGCUGCCUGAUUCAAUGAACAAUUUGAAAUAAUCUUAGCUGGGACUUUCAUGGGAAUUGCUCCAAGGUAAAUGUGUUUAGGAUUGGUGCAAUACUAGCCAGUUUUGGGGCUGUAAUGGCUGAUUACUCUGAGAUUUCUCCUUUCCUUCCUUGUACAGCAUAAAGCACUCUUUUUAUGCUUGAGGAAUUGUAUUCCUUGUCUACACCCACCUUCUGUACCUGGGAGUGAUUUGUCAGCUUUCUGUUGGUGGGUGCACUAUAAUGUUGUACUGUAUUGACAUGCUUUUUUAAAAAAGAAAAAAUAAUAAUGGUUUAAUUGUAUUUAGCACAUUUGGUAUUUUGUUUUUUGCCAGAAUCAGAUUGCUAUCAGUUGUGAAACCAGGCAGAAAUAGUCAGAUAUGGAGUACCAAAACAAUGUUACAUAACUUUACCACUAAAGAGCAGCGCUUUUUUCUGGAAAUAUAGGUGUCAGUGCUUGCCAUGAAGUUGUCACAGCAAGUGCCACACUUUUUAACAACAACAAAAAGGUGCUGGUACUGUGUACCCUGGAGUACCCUCUGGGGAAAAAGCACUGCUAAAGAGUAUAACAUUAUUCAAGCUAGCAAAAUAUGCUACCCAUCACUAGCUCUUAUAGAUUUCUAGCACUUGAAGGAACUUAGUUUCAACAUCUGGGUGGUCUUCAUUUUCUUCCAGUUCUAUGAUCUCUUUUGUAAUGAAAAAGAAAUGUGCCUCUUCUGAUUCUGACAGGACUUCCGUCUGUGCCGCAAUUUCUAGGCACAGGUCUGUGAUCUGUAGGCAUGGGUCCAAGCAUUGUUGAUUUUUUGUCCUGCCCCUUUCCCCAGGGAAACCCACUUAGACCCAUGCCCACAAAUCACAGACUUGUUCCUAGAAAUCGCAGCACAAACAGAAGUGCGGGUGAGCCCUGUGCUGCACAAACAGCAAAAGCACAUGGUUCUAUCAUUUCACGAUCAGUCUACAGGUGGAGGGUCAAGUUUUUUAUUGUUACCUGUGCACAUGAAAAGCCAGCAUGGAAGGGAGAAGGCUACUUCAAACUCUUUUUGUAUGUGGGAUGCCUUUAAAAAAGCAACCUUCAACUCACCAAUAGUCCUCUACAGUCUGAAGCAAGACAAUGCCAGAAUUCCUUCACUGUGUGAUUUAGCUGAAUAUGGAACACCGUCCUUAAGAAUCUUUAGAAUAGUAGAUUGUGGUUGUAGUGGUUACUGUCUUUCAAUAUGCAGCUUAAUUUUCCUUGAGAGGGACAGCCCUGAAAAGCAGGCCAUAAAUAUAGCAAAUAAAUAAACAUCUAAAAUUGCUUGUGCUUUCACAGACUGCCUGGCUUCAUUUCGAACGGAAAUUUUCACGAGUCCAUUACAGACUUCUGGGAUUCCAGCUGACCUCAGGUCCUGUGUGAAAGGUAAGCAUUUGUGGUUAUGUAUACCAUACCUCCUGAGUCGAGAGGUACAUUUAUUUUUUUCUGUCCCAGCCUUUCUUGUAACUGACACCAGCUGGUCUACCAGAAAUACAGAUUGCAGAUAACACAGUUACUCAUGUUGUGUAAACCCAACCCACCCCCUCUGUUUACUCUGCUUCUAGUGCGCUCAGCAUUAGUCAGGAACCAUAUCUAUCCUGUAUCUAUCCUGUCAUUUCUUGUGCAUUGCUGCCCUUGGAUGUGCUUUCCUCAAAACCGUAUUCAGUCCAAAUUGUGAAAAAGAAUGACGCAGCUGCGGUUUAAGCCAGUAAUGUCUACACAGACUCAGUUUCUCCAGUGCUUUUCCAGCAAGAAGAGAACUUGACCUUUAUUCUGAGGCAUAGCAUAGAACUCUGCAAGUGCUGCUGAGGAAGUCUUCAGCCACAUUGGGGUCCUUAAAGGACUGGACUCUCUCAUUAAUGCUGAUGCAGAAAAGUAUGGGAAAUUUAAUGAAGAUUAUUCAGUAUGAUGCUGUGCUCUUGAGCUGUGUUUCUGCACAAAAUGUCUCCUAGGCCUCCUUCGUGUAGUCAGGAAAUAUCAUGAUUUUAUCACUGUUUUGGCCCCAUCUUAGUUCUCCAUGCCCUCUGCAAUAAGUCUUCUUUGACUGGGUAUCUAAGAACUUUGACCACAAAGUCCCAGAGUUUAUUUUCAUCAUGGUGUCGAGGAACUGGGCUGUGGUGUGCAUGUGCAGUCAGAGGCAUAGUACUCUGAGAGGGACAACAUCUCCCUUAACAGGGCUACCACAAAUGUUGAGGGCUUGCCCUGUCUCGGCCCUUCCUGAACCCCAAUAACAGGUAAAUUUCUGCAACAUGAAUUUGAUUCUAGGGGUCUGAAAAAUUUGGAGACCAUUGCACUAAAUUCUUGACUGAUUCUAGUGGUUCCUUUCUUUUUAUCCUUAAAAGUUCCAACUCCAAACAUUGCAGUUCAUUCAGUCUGUUUGAUCAGGCGCAAACAGCUUUGAUAACCAUUGUGGCUGGAAAGGCAAUAUAUAGAUUAUUUCAAAUAAAUAAACACAUCCAAAGUAUGGUGUAAGACAUGAGUAGGAAGCAAUCCCCCAGAAGCAGCUUCUCUCCUUUGCUCCUUCUCAUUGUUCUUAUCGCAACAUUUUCGAGGUGUUUGGAAAGAGAUCCCAAGCGAAGCAUACAUUCUAAUCCUUAAGCAUCUGUCUCUGUCUUUUGUCCUUGAGAACAGAUAAGGGCAAAAAGGAAUCCUUGAUCAUUAUCACACGUGCAGUCAGAGAUGGAGCGUGGCUCCCAGACUGCUGUGCUAGCAUGCCUGCAGUCACAAAUUAAAGUGUGUUCUUAUUCAUCCCUUGUUUCUCUCUUACUCUCAUUAGAGGCUCUUGGGGGGUGGCAGGGAAGUGUGAGCAAAUUAUCUUGCUGAAUAGUCUCUAGUGAGGAGCGUCGCUGUACUUGAUGUUAAUUUUAUUCCUCAUAUGUGCUUGUGCCAUAAGACGGUUGUCACAGAUUACCCACUGGAGAAGCUCUGACGAUAUUACAAGCAGCAACAACAAAAAAUGUUGUAACUGCGACUUCAUAUCCUGGCAAUCCAGUCCCGAAAAUUCUGUAGCAUCUCAAGCUAAUAUGACAGGCAUUCCCAAACUCAGCCCUCCAGAUGUUUUGGGACUACAAUUCCCAUCAUCCCUGACCACUGGUCCUGUUAGCUAGGGAUGAUGGGAGUUGUAGUCCCAGAACAUCUGGAGGGCCGAGUUUGGGGAUGCCUGCAAUAUGAGAUGCACCGGGCUUGCAGUAGCAGUGAUGUGCCAGGAGUAUCGGAGCCCCAUGCCCUGCAGCAAGCACUUUGUGUCUCAGCAUUGCCACAAGUCUUAGCAUUGCCACAUAAGAAUUUUCGAAGUGGUUGGUUGAUGCGCCUGAAAUCAUAGCACUUGAUCUCACGGUUUGGUGAAUCCCAAGGCUUAGGGACACUAUGGUUGCCUCCAGACUGUCACUAUUUUUACGGGAGAGAUUCAGGUGCAUACCAGGUAUUGUUUGUGCAAUUAAAAUGGAUUAAAGUGUUCUGUUACCCUGGCGCAAUAAAUCCACUUUAAAAGAAAAGACUUUUGCGGUUAGGAAAAUGACAGGGAAAUGCAUUGGAAAUUGCGGGAUGGACAAAUUAUUAAUGGGUGAAUGUAUUAAAAAAUGUUAUCACGUUUAUUGGCAGCAACAGCUUUCUAAUGUGUUCUCUGUUACAUUUAUACGCGUCACAGUUCCUUCCUCCUUCCCCUCCACUUUCUGGUUUUCUGCUUUUCCUCUUCUCUUUUCCACCUGCUCUUUGACACCAAUCUCAGGAAGAAGCUUUUACAGGCUGUGUAAGCAUAACUGGAUUAAAACACAGAUAGGUCAUUCGGUUUCUCAUUUUAGAUCAAAACUGGCUUGGGGGGAAAUGCGUAAAAACUCAGUGGGUGCUAUCCUGGGAACUGUAGCUUCUUAAGGAUGCUGGGAAUUGUAGCUCUAUGAGGAGGGAACUCCAAUUCUCCGGAUUCUUUGGGGAAAGUCACAUGAUUUAAAUGUACAGUACAUUGGUUAAAUGUUUGAUGUAGAUCUGCCCAUUCUGUUCUAGCACACACGCUGAUGCUGAAUGAAGUUCUCAAAUUCAUCGUUCUGCAAUCUGGUGUCUUAACUUUUGUUUGUUCUUGUAUUCUUUCAUAUACUGGUCACAAAGGAAGAAAGACCUACUAUUUGUAUUGUGUUGUAUUUUUAAUUUUUCAAAAAAGAAUUCAGCCUUCCUUUCAACCUGAAGGUUCCCAGGGCAGCACACAUUUAUAUACAUUGAUACAAUGCUCUUAACAUUAACAAUAUAUUAUUUUUAUUUAUUAGCUUUAUAUUCUGCCUUUCCUCUCAAAGGAGGAAGGAUCGGAAGAAACAAAACUAACAAAAUGAGAUCCAGCAGGAGAUUAUGUCUUAUAUCAACUGUUUCUAUAGGGCUGGAGAAAAAAAAGGUCUCUGGAUCUAAUUCCUAAAGGCCACAUAUGUAAGGGGCAACCAUAACUCUUGAGGAAUUUCCACUCACUUCAUCAGAAAUAGGAAGCUUACUAUUAUUCAGACCGGUGAAAGAAGUUGGAAAUAAAACCUAUGUCAAACGGGCAUCCAUUAGCUGUGCCCAAAGACCCCGCAAGGAAUAAAAAACAUUUUUCAGGGCUGAAUUGGCUUUGUCAAUUAUUGUUCUUGUAGAUAAAGUUUUUCCAUUCUUAGAGAAAAGAUGAACUAUCAAGAUUAAGAAAAGGUGGAUCAUAAGACUGACACUUUUUCUGCUUUGUCUACCUGCCUUUGCAGUAAUAUCAGACCAGUGUAUUCCACUGCCAUGCAAUGAAGAAGGUUAUAAGGAAUGCAGAGAUGGGCAAGCCAAGUUCACCUGUGUCUGUAAACCUGGAUGGCAAGGAGAGAAAUGUGAAGAGGGUACGUAAUCGUAGGUUUUUUUCUCUCCCUACGGUGGACAAUAGAGCUGGCUCACUUUUAAAUAUAUCUUUCCAUAUCAAACAAGCACUAUUGAUGCAAGCAAUUUCUUAGUGAAGGUUUUGUUUUGUUUCCCCCUAGAUAUCAAUGAAUGUGAAGACCUAACAAACAGAAAUGGAGGGUGUAGUCAAACUUGUAUUAAUUUUCCUGGAAGCUACCGUUGUUAUUGUGAAGAUGGUUAUUAUAUACAUCCAAAUAAACUGGACUGUGAGGGUAAGGAAGAAGCCAAACAUCGAAAUGUCAGCAGCACAUAAAACAAAAAGACAAUCUUAUUCUGUAACAGGAUUUAUACUUAUUGAUUGCAGUGCUAAGGUCCAUACGGGCAAGUUUCAACAUGUUUGUCUUAUAUCUUAAAUGGAACUGUGUGUAUUAGCAACCUUGGCCUCAGGAGUAGCAAAGCCUUAGAGUUUUGGCACAUACCUGUAAAUCCACUGGUCUUCUUUGAAAAUGUAGUCUAUUAACAGAUGGGAUUGGGUCAAACAAGGGGCAGAGGGAAGGCUACACUAAUGCCUGGUGUGACCCAUGUGUUCACAAUUUGCCAUCUGUCUAGCUUGCUGCUGAACCAUCCACCCCAUGCAGGGCCCUGGAUUGCAAUCGUACUGCUUAAUUAAAAGGAAAUGGGGGAGCAUGUACUUCCAGUAUCAAAAAUAGCUGCUUAGCCUGAUCGCAUGGAGCCUUGCCACAUGAGUAAGCACAUGCAAGGAAAAUAUAGUGCACUGUGAGAAAAUAUGAAAAAUAAGAUAAUUAUCUCUGGAAAACUGCCCUUCUUAUGGCUAUCAACUUUUUUGAAAAUAGUAAAAUGUCUAGAUUCUGUGAGUUUAUGGUUUAUGCCAGUGAUGGCCAAACUUGGCCCUCCAGCUGUUUUGGGACUACAAUUCCCAUCAUCCCUGACCACUGGUGCUGUUAGCUGUAGAUGAUGGGCGUUGUAGUCCCAAAACAGCUGGAGGGCCAAGUUUGGCCAUGACUGGUUUAUGCUGUUCACAUUUUGCAUAUUUCACCAUUUCCUAUUGUCUCUUUAGAUCCCUUCUACCCUUGGGGCAAGUGGCAAGAAACAAUAGCCAAUAGCAGCAGAAAUCAAUCCAUUCCUUUUUUUGUGGGAAAUUUAUAAUAGCAUUUUGCAUUUACAGACAUGAAUGAAUGCAUGUUGGACCCAAAGAUUUGUGGGACAGCACAAUGCAAGAAUACUCCUGGGAAGUACGAGUGUGAAUGUCCGGCAGGUUAUGCUUAUAACUCAACUACAAAGAAGUGUGAAGGUAGAACUUUUGUUUUUAAAUGAUGUUUUAGCUUACCUUUCUUGACAUAUUCAUCAUUAUUUUCUGCAGAUUUUCCACAUUCUAUUUAGUUUGUGUGUGUGUCGUUUGUUUUAUAGAUUUCAUGGUUUUUUUGGUAAUGCAUAGGCUGUUUAGAUUACUUUUCACACAGAUUGCAAAUGUCACAAUAUUGGGACUAUGCCACCUAAAUUAGCCCUCUUGAGUUUCUACCAUCUUGUUUCUAAAACAUAAAGGAAGCUGAAAGAAGGGAAUCUUCUUUAAAGAAAACACCACAUCCAUCAAUAUAUACAACAUACGCCUACUUCAAGCGAAGAAGUCAAAUAAAUAUGUGGAAUACAGAAAAAUAUCUGUAUGUACCAUCUACAUGUGAAGUAGUGAGCCCUAUACUAUUGCCUUCCUUCCUUCAGGGCUAACCCUACCAUUCGACAGAGUGAUGCAGAGGCCAGUGGGGCAGAAAGUAGCAGUAAGAUGUAGGACAGAGCUGUGUGUCCUAGCCACCCAAGGUUCCAUCAGCUGAAGGGGUUGGGAAUAAAACAAUAAAAACAUUUUAAAGCAGCAACGUUGGCCUGCUCUGCACCCUCUAAACUAGCCUACUGUCCAAAAUUGCAGUGUCCUAUAGUCAGUGCUGAAGUAAGAUUCACCUCCCAGUCUGGUUAGCUUCUGUCCCUAUGUAAUAUUUUACCAUGUGGUUAGUGAUGUCCGUUUCCACUGUUGAGUUAUUUGCAUCUCAUCCUUCCUUAGGGUGAGAUGUCAUAUUUUUUGCUUCCUAAUAGCUCUGGUGUCAGUUAGGUUCAGCUGCUCCUACGUUUUCAGUACCAAAGGUUUUAAAGAUCCUUUAUGCUAUUUUUCCCCCACAUUAUUUUAAAUCACCUAAAAGACUUAUCUUGAAAGGCUACGUAGAAAUGCCAGAAAGAAAGAAACAAGCAAAUUUGAACUCAGUGGGACAUGAGGAUUGAGGAUUGAACUAUAAGAGCUCCAUCUGAGCUUCAAAGCUGAGUAGGAGUUUGGACAUGCCUUUUCUGUAUCCAGACCCAAGACCAGUAGCCAUCACACCACACGGAUUGCCAUGCAAACUUCCUUCCAAAGUUCUCGGAACAUUUUACUAAUUUGGUUUGGUGAAAGCAGUUACAUACUUCAUGUGGCAGAUGUGACCUUCUUGAGUACACCAAGUAUUACACUGGAGUCUGCUGCAAUGGCCACUCAGAGGCUAGAUAUUUCCAAUCGUGGCACCAUGCUGAAUGCUUAAAGCUGUGGCCCACAGGCUACACCUGCCUCUCCCCCAAAAGCUCCUUUGUGGUACCAUCAUGCCAAAGGGUUUUCUGUGACAUCCCAAAAUUUUGUCAACUUUCAUUUAAAAAAGAAGACUCUUUUGUAUUGUCCACUCCCGCAGGUCCCCUGCUAUGAUUCUGUGAUGUCAAAAGGAACUCCCCAUUUCCCCAUUUAUAAAAUACAAAUUGGCCACACCCAUUUUGACUCUGCCCCCCCCCCCCCGCAUGUUGCUGAUGGGUGAGUGCCUUACUUGGCUUGAAAAGGCUUAACCAGCCACUUUUAAAGCUAUUGGUACGACAUCCACACAUUGUAAAGUUCUACUGCAGAAAGACUGGUGUAAUGCUCAUGUAUUCACAGAACUGGCAUCUGCUGUGUAAAGGGUAAAACCACCCUUAGUCAAUGAAUUUAUUAUCUAAGUAAAUGAGACCUUCCUAGUUAAAUUUUAAGUAUCUUCCAUUCUAUCAGUUAAACUAUAUUUUACCAUGUUUAUGUGACCCAAAAUGAGGCAGAAAUAUUGCAAACAGCAAUAUUUUUCUGCAGCUGUGGAAGGGUUAUAGCUACUUUGCAGUUUAGAAUACACUGGAAAUUUUUAGCUUUCUGAGUCAGACAAUGCACAUAAAUGCUUAGGCUGCUGCAAAACCAAGCUCUGCAACUUAAAUUUUAUACAUCUCAGGGCAUGGUAAGUCUUUAUCAUGCAAGCGUGAUAUUUUAGGAACAGGAUUUGCAAGAUUUCCUGGGCUUGAUCCCAGUGGGAUCUUCUCAGGCAGUGGGAGUCUUGUUUACUCUCAGAGAAGGCAAGUUACUAAUGCUGUCUUUCACACAGCCUUGCACUUCUAAAUUAUUUAUUGUGCUUAGCCAACAAAGCAGAGAACGUAGUCAGCUUCACUCAGUCAGGACAAAAUGUGUUUUGCCCUGGUCAGCCCACAUUUCUUUUCUGAAUGAAUGCUUCCCAAGCCCCCUGGGCUUUGCAAUUUGGCACGCACACUCAUCUCCCACUGCAAUUGUACCGAGCUGAUUUUUGCUUUACAAAGGUAGCAUGCAUGUAUGCGGUGCAUAGUGUUUGAGCAUAUAAUAGGGACCAUUUUGAGAUGCUACAUUUUUUAAAAAUAGCAAUAUAUCAUAUCAUGGUUAAGGCAGCUUGGUCUGAGCUUGCUCGCACAAUUUACACUCUGAUUAUUAUUGUUGUUGCUUUUUAGCUUUGCAGCUCAUUUCUGUGAAUAUUUUUCUCCAACAGUUAGUCAUGGUUAUGCAGUUCACAGCCACCAUAGACAUUUUCUAGGCGCUUACAUUGUCUCCCGAGACAGACGGAUGCCAACAAGAACAUAUUUGUAUGAGUGGAUUGUGGUUGGUUGGGGAAACUGCUUUUGAGUUGCUGUGAUUGAGAAAGACAGCCACAUAAACUGGAAGCCUAGAGCUAGAAGCAAUAGUGGCUGUUUCCCAUUAAGGGUGGUAGGGCAGAAGGCAAGGUGGCCAAAGCUAGGUGGAGCCAGAACCAAGGAUCGGCAGAGCCAACUAAUUCUGCUUUUAUUCCCCAUCCUCCUCCCUGCUGAUUCUUACAAGGGCAAAACCACGACUAGAAGAAGGAAGCAGACAGUCAGUGCCAACUCCCUAGAAUAAGAAGGCAGGCAGGUGAUGGCUGGCUGAGGGCAGACUGAGGUUGGUGGGGGAGUGCUUCAUUCAUCUUAAUGGACCGCCUCCACUAGUUGAAAGGGACUCUAGAAUUCAUUGAAGUCCAAACCUUUGCUCAGUGCAGGAUUUUCAAUGCAGGAUGCAACUGCAGCAUCCCUGACAGAUUGCAACUCAGCCUCUGCUGAAGUACCUCCAGCAAAGCACCGCCCGAGGCAGCUUGUUCCACUGUCAGGCAGCUCUUACCAUUAGGAAGUUUCUCCUGAUGCUUAGCCGAAAUCUGCUUCCUUGCAAUUUCCACCCAUUCAUUCUCAUUCUGCCAUCUAAAGGGACAAGUCUGCUGCAUGUUCUGCAUGGCAGCCCUUUGGGUGUUUGAAGACACUCUUAUGUCUCUUCUUAACCUUCUCUUUUCUCAGCUAAACAUGGACUAAGGGAGUUAGAUUUGCCUAUUGUCCUUUGCACAUAAUGUGAAAUUUCAUGCAUGCUGCUCCUUAAGAUGCAUGAAAAUAUACGUGCAGUAGGCUGGCAAAACUUGUAACAAAGUUUGAUGAAGUUGGUGGUGGUAGUCUAGGAUUACAAAACUGGAGUGUGGGUGAAGUAUCUGCUAAGCUACAAUACCUAACCAGUGGGCUGCAUUUGGGUUUGUUGUCUACAGACCGUUCAGUUUCACAGUAGAUGAAUGCCAAAUUCAUUUUGGGAAAAAGGCAUGGGAACCAUGGAGCCAUUACCUGGAACUUGCAUGCCAUGUAACUUAACAGUAGAUGUGUUGAGCAAUCCCAACCACUGCCUAAGCUUCAUGCCACUUAAAUGUCAGUUUGCUUCCCAGGAGGUUGGGCUCGUGAUAAGUGCAAAUGUCAAGCUGCCUUUUCCCAUUUCACUGCAGAUGUGGACGAAUGUGCUGAAAAUGCCUGUUCCCAAAUGUGUGUCAAUACUCCUGGAAGCUACACCUGCUAUUGUGAUGGCAAGAAGGGCUUCAAGCUUUCUAAGGACAUGAAAACUUGUGAGGUGAAGUAUCCCCUCCUUACUUUCAUUGGAAAGUAAUAUUCAUCCCCAGUGAGGCUGAGAAAAACCACACAUGCACCAGCCACUUGUCCAAAAUGGUCCAGAAUAUGGCAGGGGAAUGUAAACUGGGUCCACAUAAAGCUGGUCCUCGCUCCCUACCUCAGUUGCUUCCAGUUUGUUUCCAGACCCAAUUCAAAGGGCUGGUUUUGACCUAUAAAACCCUGUAUGGCUCGGAACCCCAAUACCUAAAGGAACAUCUCAUCUCAUACAUUCUUACCUGUGCCCUCAGGUCAUUGAUGGAGACCCUUCAUUGAGUGUAUCCAUAAAAUUAAAUUUUCAGGGGUUUUCUAGCACAUCAGAAACUUCUAAACCCUGUUUGACCGGAGACAACAAAAGGGGAAAACAAUAAUGGCAUGUCCAUAUCAUAACACUUUCAAUAGUCCUGCAAAUGAUUGUCUCUUUCUCUGUUCUCCAAAAUAAAAGAAUUCCUUCCAGUAGCACCUUAGAGACCAACUAAGUUUGUUAUUGGUAUGAGAUUUCAUGUGCUUGCACACUUCUUCAGAUAGUUCUCCAAAGUAAGUGUUUAAUAAUAGGUUCAAAGCCUGUGUUUGUACUAUCCAUCACUAGUAUAGUUGUUUUAUAACGUUAACAUGUGGCUCCACUUUUUCAAAAAUAAUUUAAUUCUCUCGCAGCAAGCUAAAAAUUCGUAAGAGGUGUCGUAAGUGGGCAAAGCAGUUUAACAUGCACUCUUCUUGCUGAGGAAACCAUGAGGCUGUGCAUGAUUUCAAUGAAAACAUUCCUCUAUGAAUAGCUUCCUUUAUACUUCUUUGGCAAGGCUGGGCAUGUUGAAAUGUAUUCAGACAGCUACCACUUAAAACAAGCUUUGACGCAGUUCAAUGUAGUGGGGCUUAAAUAGUUCACAGAUCAAAGGUUGCUAUUGUGCUUGAACAUACUUAAGAGAACCUAGUGAGUGGUAGUUAACUGUGAUUUAAUGAUUAGGCAACCUGGGGAGUGAUUCCAUUCCCUGAAGAUAAUGGAACUGGCAAGCAGGCCAUUUAUCUUCCGAGUAAAUAUUGCCCUAGAAGAUUUCAGCUUCACAGGUUUAUUUUUUAAUACUAGGCAGAAUAAACAGAAGUCUUUGUUAAUCUGGGCAGGAUUAUUAACAGUCUUCCCUUUAGUGGGUGGAAACUGUUUCCAAAUCUAAUGUGUGGGAAAUUCAGUACCAGGAACCAGUUAAAUUAAAUAUCAUUCCAGUAUAAUCAAUAUUAUUGCUUAUGUGUAAAACCUUCUCACUGCAUGGUGACUGCAAGAGCCAACGUACAUGGAGAUAGUUGGGGAGGAGGUAGUUGCUUGAAUUCAUCCUAUUGAUUAGGAAUAAAUUACAAAAACUGGCUCAGAACAGAAAUGUGGACUCACUUGAUCAAACCAUAAUGUAACAUUUCGUUUUCUGUUAUGUCUAGAUUGUGCAGAAUUGUCUUGCCCUGAAUCUUGAAAAGUAUUAUGAAUUGCUUUAUCUGGCAGAGCAAUUUUCAGGGAUCCCUGUUUUGUAUUUAAGGUUCAGAUUGCCAGAAGUUACAAGGUAAGUGUAUAUCAGUAUGAAUGCACAUUUAAGUAGAUAGCAGUAUGAAUGCACAUUUAGUCCUAUUAUUAUCAGUUUCUAUUGAGUAGUAGCGUGCAGCUCUCCUAUCAGUACCAUUUAUUAAUUGUAUUGUCAUUCUGUUACAAAGUUCUUAAAGUACAGAUCCAGUUCCUUUAUCAGUCAUACUUCAUUCUCCCCCUUCCUAACAACCCAGAUUUUCUGCAGAAUUUGACUUCCGGACUUACGAUAAUGAGGGUGUUAUACUGUAUGCCGAAUCCCACGACAACACAGAAUGGUUUUUGCUUGCACUGCGUGAUGGAAAGAUUGAAAUUCAAUUCAAGAAUGAACUGGCAGCCAAAGUAACAAGCGGUGGCAAAGCCAUUAACGAUGGUUUGUGGCACAUGGUAAGCCCCCUCCCCCAUGAGUUAGGAAACUGAACAUUGAAUUGCUUAUAAAAGAAGACGCCACUUUUAAAGCCCCUUGAUGAAUAUGCAAUACUAGCUUCAGAUUGUCAUUUUCACAAAAUACUUUCAUGUCCCCAGAAUACUUCCAUGUCUUCAUAAUAAAAGAACCCUCCGUUGGAGCUCUGAGUCUAAGAUUUGAUACAGUUCCUAUUCUUCAUUCAGACAAGAGGAGCUCACACUGGCAUUUUCUAAAGAAUGGCAGGAAAAGCUGGAAAAUUCACUUCUAGCAGAUCCUGUCCUUUGCGAGCACAUGCACUUGUGUGGAUAUUGUUUCAUGCUCCCAACACUUCUGUAUAUGGAUGUAUGCACAUACUAUCAGUGUGCACACACCCUGGGUGCUGGACAUAGUUUUUUUGUGUUUCUUUUAACCAAACUGAGCUCUUUUUCCUUGUGCCAGUCAAAGCAGAAUGCUGUCUGAAUACAGAUCCCCUUUGUUGGUUUGGGACGACUUCUCUCAACAUUCACAAGUAUAUCUGUUUCUUUUACCUUUAGAUCUCCGUGGAAGAACUAGAGCACAGCAUCAGUGUAAAAAUAGCAAAAGAAGCAGUUAUGAGCAUCAAUAGCCCAAGAAAUCUUUUUAAGCCCUCCAAUGGCUUUCUGGAGACAAAGGUGUAUAUUGCAGGACUACCUCGCAAAGUGGACAACACUCUCAUUAAACCGGUAAUUGUUUUCAGUGCUAAUGUCACACAUCAGGUGUUGCGUUAUCUCCUUUAUUGUAAUUAGAGUUAAUGCAUCCCCCCCCCCUUUUAAAAACAUCACCAUGGACAAUAUUUCCUGAGAUCUUUUAUGAAGCUUUGUACCACUGCAUUUCAGUGGCCAGUGAGAGAUUAUCCUUUCAGGUAGAUUUGUAAAUUUCAUUAUUUAGUUUUAUUCUUACAGCACACAUCCACUUUGUAGAUUAAUCUUCAAGUCUGGUCUUCCUCGUUCCAAGUAAUUCCAGACCCCAGAUAAAAAGAAAACAAAAAAGGAAACACAUUAGUUUGAAAGCCAUUCAAGUUGGGGAAACUCUGAACAGAAAUAAGUAUUCAAGGAUGCAUGCAACUAAUUGUAUCUACUGCUGCAGAUUCAUGUAACUUCAGUAAAAAGGGAAGCCAUCCUGGAAUGGAGGAAAAAGUGGUUCAGCUCAUUGAGGGUUGUAAUGGAGAGGACUAGAAUAGGGCUAUUAAGCUUGGAAACACCAGAUUUGCAGCAGGCUCAUUUGUGCUAGCAGUUUUGUGCUAGAUUUAUUUAUUUAGAAGAUUUGUAUCCUGCCAUUUGGGCACAUUAUAGCAGUUUACUAUAUGUAUGUAUCAUAAUAAAUAUAUGCUGCUGCAAGAAAAAGGAAACAAAGUGCAGGUUACCAGAGCAACAGUAAACUAAUUGUAGCAACAGGAUGCAACUUAGAAACAUCCAAAAAUCCAGUGAAAUUCAAGUGUUUUGACUUAAAGAUUGAAAGAGAAGGAGCUUGCUGAGUUUUCCAAGGAAGGACAUUCCAUAGUAGUAGUAGUAGUAAUUUUAUUAUUUAUACCCUGCCCAUCUGGCUGGGUUUCCCCAGCCAUUCCAUAUCCUUGAAACUACGUACUCCUGCAAAGGCCCUGAAACAAGGGGCAGAUAAAAGAAGCAGCUUUAAGUUUCAAGCAUCAUAGAAUUGUAGAGGGUUAUCUAGUCCAAGCACCCACAAUGCAGGAAUCCUGCCCUGGGUGGGCUCAACCCCUGACCUUCUGAUUAACAUCCAGAUGCACUGACCCCCUGGACUCUUGCGGCAACAGUGAUAAAAAGGAAAGGAAUUUAAAGGGUUCUUAGACUCCUGUGCAGCAUUUGCAUACAAGCAAACUGUGGCCACAAUGGAAGUUGUCCUGGUGUGGGAACACGGCACAAAAAGAAACCAGCACACAGGUUAAAAACCUUGUAAGUGUGAACACUGGCCCUAUGGAACAUUUAAAUUGAGGGUUCUUUUUAUCUAGCUUGAUGGGCAUAUAAUUAAAGUUUCUUUCUGAGAACCAGUCAGCCCACAGAAAGCUGUCUCCAUACUGCAAGCUCUUAUUUUACGAGGGUUACAUAGAAAUUGGCUUGUCCAAAAAUUAGAAUUCAGGUCCUUUUGUUCAUUGCUCUUGUAUAGCUUGCUGCCCAGUUGACUAAAAAUAAAAAUAAAAUCCACCUCUUUGAAGAAAGAGCAGAAAGCAAAACUGAGCUGCACCACACAGGUACUGACAGUUCUUUAGCUAGAUAAAACCUCACUGUGUGAUCUAAAAAAAAACUUUUGUAUCUUACUUCAGAGAUGGACAAAAAACUCUUGAUCCCAAGCAGAUUUUUCUUUCUUUCCUGAACUGUGAUGGGGGUGGAAGCAACCCUCCUUGAAUAACACUGCACAUGCUCAUUGCAAUUGCUGUGUCAGGGUGACUAUGCAUUUUCAGAAUAAGAGAAGAAGAACCGUGAAUCUAUCUUGUCUCACCUAUAAUUCUUUUCUUCUGCUGACGUGCAAACCUUGUGACAUUUAUCAAUUCUUGUAGAGGGCGGAAACUAUAGUAUACAUUAUUGGAUUUAUGGCAAGUUAGGAACAUAAUUCAUUUUGCAGCUAAGUACAUGAUCUGGGAAAUCCUGGGUACUGAUGUAAAGUCUGUGGGAAUUCUGUGGGAAAUAGAGAGCCUGUGUUCUCCAUUUUUGUGGUAGGUGGUGAAAUAUUUGGGCAAAUUGGAAAAAAUGCUUACUUUCCUAUUAAACCUCAAUGUACUAAUUUAACAACAUAUAAUAUACCAUUUAAAAGGGACGCGGGUGGUGCUGUGAGUUAAACCACAGAGCCUAGGACUUGCUGAUCAGAAGGUCGGCAGUUUGAAUCCCCGUGACAGGGUGAGCUCCCGUUGCUCGGUCCCAGCUCCUGCCAACCUAGCAGUUUGAAAGAACGUCAUAGUGCAAGUACAUAAAUAGGUACCACUCCAGCGAGAAGGUAAACCGUGUUUCCGUGUGCUGCUCUGGUUCGCCAGAAGCGGCUUAGUCAUGCUGGCCACAUGACCCGGAAGCUAUACGCCAGCUUCCUCGGCCAAUAAAACGAGAUGAGCGCCGCAACCCCAGAGUUGGCCACGACUGGACCUAACGGUCAGGGGUCCCUUUACCUUUACCUUUAAUAUACUAUUUAUAAUUUUGUUAGCAUAUAAAAUUAUACUAUUUGGCAUAUUUAUAAAACUUACUAAUUAAUUUUUUCCAAAAAAGAAAGAAAGAAAAAGGUGUCUAGAUGACAUUUGGUAACACGUAGUAUGGGGUAUGUUUUUGGACCAUUGUGGAUUGCCACAAACAAUGCUGCAACUUCUUCUUCAGAUUAACCCACGCCUGGAUGGGUGUAUCCGUGCCUGGAACUUGUUGAAUCAGGGAAAUUCUGGUGUAAAAGACAUCAUUCAACAGAAAGAAAGCAAACAUUGUUUAGUAAGCGUUGGGAAAGGAUCUUACUAUCCUGGCACUGGAGUAGCAAAGUUUCAUAUUAACUACAGUAAGUAAUUCUCACACUUUCUCUGAAAAUAUUUUUCACCUGGGGUAGUUACUAUAUUUGGGACACAGGUGGCACUGUGGGCUAAACCACAGAGCCUCUUGGGCUUACCGAUCAGAAGGUCGGUGGUUUGAAUCCCCGCAACAGAGUGAGCUCCCAUUACUCAGUCCCAGCUCCUGUCAACCUAGCAGUUCGAAAGCACGUCAAAGUGCAAGUAGAUAAAUAGGUACUACUCCGGCGGGAAGGUAAACGGCAUUUCCAUGCACUGCUCUGGUUUCGGUGUUCCAUUGCGCCAGAAGUGGCUUAGUCAUGCUGGCCACAUGACCUGGGAAAAAUGUCUGUGGACAAACGCCGGCUCCCUUGGCCUGUAAAGUGAGAUGAGCGCUGCAACCCCAGAGUCGUCUGUGACUGGACUUAACUGUCAGGGGUCCUUUACCUUUACCUUUUAGUUACUAUAUUUAAGGAACAGCACACAGAGAGGGGAGGGCAUUAUCUUUCACUUUGCCCUCAGUGCAAUCAGUGGAACUAUAAAAAUGUUCUCCAUCUAACCAUGUGGGUGGUAGGCUUGAUGUGGUACCAGAAUUCCCAAAGUAGGAGGCAGUGUCCUCUGUUUAGUUUGAGUUAUUUCCCAGGCCUCAGCUCUGCUUCUGUGUAUGGCAGAUGAAAUAUCAGAGCACAUUUUUAGUACAGGCCUCCUGCCCCAUUUCAUUCCUAGGGAGAUAUAUAGUGGCUCCUACCCUACCAUCUUUCAAGACACCUUUUCAUUUCAAAAUAUUUAAGAAGCAGCAUUCUGAUUUUUUUAUAUAUAUAGUUGCUUUUGUUUCAGUAUAAUAUUUCAAGAUUUUAAUUUUACUGUGGAAUGGUUUUGAUGCACACUUGGGAGGGUUUUGCCCUGAGAAGUGGGACGUAAUUUUUUGAAACAUAUAUAGGUAAACACUUGUAGACCAGACCAUCAAGGGAGGCAAAAGGAAGGAGGCAGUCCUUCAGAUUUAUACGGCCUAAAUUGUUGUCAGGAUGUGAUUCUAACUAGAUUAUCGGGUGAAAAGCUUCUUGUGAUGUGCUGUAGAUCAGCAGAUACCUAUUUUCUGUGAACAUUGCAAUCAUACAGUUUGACCAAUAACCAAGAAUAAGUAUGUCAGGGCAACUGCACACUCUGAUCCUGUUCUUUAUCAGGGCUUCCUGGGAGGCUUAUAACCAUCAAAAGGGGGAUCUCUGAGGAAAUUACAUACUGGUCGUUAAACAAAAAAGUUCAGGAAGGACAAAACCCCAGUGUUAAAUAUUUGGUUAGAGAGUCAAGUUUUCCAAGCAAACUAGAAAGCAAUUCUUUUGUGGCUUGCUAAAUUGACAAUUUUCUCUUGCUUUAUUUGUUUGAAAUAAAACAGACAGCAGCCUGAACAACGCCGAAGAUUGGUUAAUAAACGUGACCCUGGCCAUCCGGCCAUCCACAGGCACUGGAGUCCUGCUUGCCUUGGUUUCUGGUGAAACAGUGCCUCUUGCUUUGUCCAUAGUUGACUCCAACUCCAAGGGCACACAGGUAGUUCUUCAUGCAUGGUGGGCAGAGCUGGCCAGAUUCUUUCUUUUGCUGAGUGGGGGGGGGGGGAUAAUUUGUUGAGGGAAAGUGUGGAUACUAUUUUAGCCCUCAACCUUCCCAUGGCAUCUGAUCUGACUGAAAUUUGGUAUCCUCCUCCAUCCCGCACUCCACAGAGGCUUAAAGCAAGGUGAAGACUCAAGGGACAGUUCUAAUGUUAGGACUUGUAAAUGACUAGGCUGUUUUUGGAAUUGUGAAUGGAGCUUUUCCACUGAGAGUGGUGAACUCUGGGGUGACUCAAAGGGGCAGCUUUCCUUUCUUGGCUGCACCACUCCAGAAUGCCCUUGGGAGAUAGCAUGCUUGAAAGUUUGCUGUGGGAAAUCUCUCCUUGACCUGCUAGCUUACUAUGUGCAGAAUUUUUACGACCUGAUUCUUUAAAGCAAACUCUUCUGUGGAUGAUAGUACAGUUAGUACAGUCCUGCAAAAGUGCUUUACUUUUGAUUAAAAUGCCUCAUUUUAAUAUUUUAAUGUUUUGAUAUUUUAAUGUUGUAUUUUAAUCUUGUUUUUAAAUUGUAUUCAUUCAACUUGUUUUUAUUAUUGCUUGUUAGCCGCCCUGAGCCCGGCCUUGGCUGGGAAGGGCGGGGUAUAAAUAAAAAUUAUUAUUAUUAUUAAUUAUUAUUAUUAACAUCCUCAGAAAUAAUGAUGCUGAAGUUCUUUGAAAACGUUGUUACAGUUGGUUCCUCAUGUACUACAGUAUGAAAAUAAAACAUGUAACAAUUAAAGGUAGUAGACCAGAGAUUCCCUUGGCGUUGAAGUACAGCUUUGUCACCUUGUGAGGACUCCCCAGGCUGGGUUGCAGUCGCACCAUUACUGGAGACAGUUGCCUCCAGCAGCUCAUCUCUUUAUGUUGCCAGUUGGGAGAAUGGAGAAGGCUGCCUCUCUUUUUCCCCCAGUCUCUCUUUUUUCGGUGGGAGGGAUUCAAGCGCGCACUGUAAAUUUAGGUUUGCGCAGUUAAAGCGCUCUCUCGCCCUGGUGCAUCAAAUCCACUUUAAAACAGCAACAGCUGAGACUUUACAAUUGGGGAAGUUAUCACUGAAGGCACUGAAAAAUGUAGGAUGAAUGAAUGAUUAGCGGGGAAAAUGUGUAACCAGCACACUUGCAAAUCAGAAGGAGUGCUCACUGUUAUCCAUCCCACAGACAUAUCACAACAAAUGCUCAGUAAAGACUGGAACCUUGUCUAGCCACUAUGUAAGCUUUGUACAAGUAAAUUAGGCUGAAUGCUCAAUAAACAGGUUUUCUAGGGAAGCCCCUGGUGUGAGCCAUCAGCCUUGCCAUAAAGGUGUACUGGGGUAUAAUGACUCUCAGUUCCCUAUGAUGAAAGAGUACUAAUGGGUGCCUCCCUGGUUAGAGGAUCUUGUGAUUAGCCUGGCCAUUCUGUUAAUAAACUGCCAGGGGCCUUCCCAUAGACACCUGGAUGGCUACAGUGAGAGCAGGAUGCUUGACUAGAUAGGCUUUUAGUGUGAUCCAGCAGGGCUCCUCUUUUGCUUUUGUUUAGCUCCUGCUGGCUCUCGGGUGGAUUUUCCUGCUUUAAUGGUGCGUCACAAUAUUUUCAGUAUAUUUUCAGCUGGGGGUUAUAUUCCACUAAAGUACAUGUCCCCUUGUUGUUUAUUACCAUGGUUUUGCUGUCAGGAUGCAUUGAUUGAAUAUUUAUGAAUUGUGCAUUGUUUGGUAAGUGGUGUUUUUUCUCUCUUGGGUAUUUUAUUUAUAGGGUAUUAGAGCAUUUGUUGAUUUGUUGUAACUUUUUUCAUGUUUGUCUGUGGAUUUUUAAUAUCUCUGUAUUUGUUUUACUGUUCUACUGUCAACUGCUUCGAGUUUCCUUGUGGAUAGAAAAAAAGAAAUAAAGAAAUUCAGUUAACAAGGCCAUUUUUUGCUUCUGGUCCAUAGGCUAUCAUUGUAUCAGUUGAGAAUGUCAUUGUGGCCCAGUUGGAGUCAAAGCGAUUGUGUACCUCAGGAAGAACGCUGCUGAGACUCAGAGUGACUAGACAGCAGCUUGAACUUACAACUGAUUCACACACUCUGCUUGCCUCCUUGGAACAGAAGCUCUCUGCCCUUGAUCAAGCGAUGAAUGGCUCUGUCGAUACCUACUUAGGUGGCAUUCCUGGUAAGUGUUGUUCCCUUUAAUUAAUUUAAUUGAUUAGAAUAAUCAAGUUAUGCUUUAAUACUUUUUUGUUUCAAUUUUAUUUGUCCUUUUGUUUCUUUUAAAACACUGUUGCAUAGUUUCUAGUGAAACCUGGUAUUGCAAUAGUGGUUAAAACUGCAUUAGUUUGGCACUAAUAGAAGAGGACUUUCUCUUACAUAGUCUAUUUUUGGACAUGACCCUAGGGGACCUAUUUUCCCUCCUUCCCUGCCCACUCCUUUAUGUUUCCCCCCUCUGUAAUCUUAUGAAGCUGUUACAGCAUACUUUAAGUGUCCUCUGCUGGCUAGUCUGAGGAAUUACAUACGUAAUGCAACUAAGCUAGUGUAUUUUGCAACCUAUUAUUUCUAUAUUAAUAAUUUGGAGAUGUGUGAAGGAAAGCCUUUUUAUGAGAGGCCAUCCAAAAUGCUACCUGCUAUUAUGAUUUGGUGAACUUCCUUGUGUGUGUAAAAAUGCUGUGUGUAAAAAUCAACCUGGAAAUUGUGAAUAACUGAAAUUCACUGAGGUAACAUUCAUAAACAAUGUUACCUAGCUGGUGCAAGUAAGCUUUGAGUUUAGAUUAGCUAUGGGUGGAAUCAGCUUCAGCACAUUGUAUGGAAGUUUCAUACUCUUUGCUAUCCAGUGGUCAGUAGUCGCCCUUUUGGGUGUUUCCCUCUCAUUUGAGAAAGGGGAGAUCAGCUGAGAAAAAUAAUGCUGAUGAUCUAAACCUUGGCAAUAGAAGUAAUGGGAAAAGAGCAAAUUAGAAUCACAUGGAACCACCAUGUGCUUCAUAGUGCUCAAGGACCAUGAAAAGAAUUAGCACACACAAAGAAAUAAUCCAGGUACAUAAAUCAACACAACAGAAAGUCAAAGGGCACAUCACCUAUAGUCACAUUUUUGUCAAUGGGAAAUUCUCUGGGAAAAUCCCAAUCUUCUACCAUCAAUUGCCACCUAAAGGAGGUUUCCCUCAUAGUUUGAGUCGUGUGGCUACAGUUUAACCAUGAGAUGUUUUAAGAAAAGAGAUUGGGAAUGGCUGGAUAAAGAGGAGCUUUUUCAAUAAGAUUAACUCCCCACCCCAUUAGCCUCCUUGAGAAGUGUUCCAGCUUGAAGUUCAUGUGGCAAAAUGAGGCUUAACAACAAAACCCAUAACAAGAACAAAACAAAAAAAUGUGAUGAACAAAUUAUGAAUGGGUACCUACAGACUGUCGCUGUUUUGCAGAAAGGAUUGGAGCCCAAUGUCAGGAGUAUGCAGAGCAUUUUCAAUAGCUGAAAUGUUUGUCUUCCAUGUUAUUUUGUUUGUUUAAUCUCUGUGUGUGACAUUCCUCACUCUUGUCUGAUUUCUACAUUUGUUUGAAUAUGUGUGUGUGUCUAUAUGUGUAAUACGAGAUACACAACUGAAUACAUCUUUUAGCAUUUAUACAUCUCAAAAAAUAAAAAGAAGCAUGGAUCAAUAUUUAAAUAAAGAGUGCUGAUUUUUUUUAAUGCAGAUGUUCCACUUGAGGCAACCCCUGUAACAGUGUUUUAUAAUGGCUGCAUGGAGGUGAAGAUCAAUGAUAAACAGCUGGAUCUGGAUGAAGCCAUCUCCAAAAAGAAUGACAUUAGAUCGCAUUCAUGCCCAUUGCUUAUGGAUGAGAUGCUGAGUGUUGCUGCCACUGAUCUCCCAUCUGUUCAUUAAUCUCUCAUGAGAAAAUCCAGAUUGUUUUGCACAACAUGAAUAAGGACAGAAAUUGAACUGUAAAGGUUCUCUUUUUCUAAUAUUGUGUUUUGAGAACAAAAGAAUUGCAUCCUUUUCCAAAAUAAAGGGACUAUACCAAGAUUAAUAUUUCAUCAAAAUAGUUACAGUUAUAACAUUUCAAGAGUUUUUAGUUGAAUUGUUUGCUGUUCAGCAAUUAUACCAUUCAUAUUUUAUACCUUGGAGAAUAAAUCCAGAAACAUCUAUCUGCACUCAGUUUAAUAUUUUGGUUCUAAUAUAUUGUAUUGUGGCUGCAAAUAAUCACACUGAAUAAACUGAACCAAGACGUUUCAUUUUUUCCUAAAGAAUAAUAUUGCACAUAGAUCCUACGAAAAGAGUGUUACAGGUCUACAGAGGUAGAGCAAAUCAAGUAUAUAUGAAGAUCCUGUCUCAAAGGUCCCAGGUAAAUAAUAGUGACACAAGUAUUUAGAAGAAAAUUACAAAUGAGAGCACCCCAACGCAUUUUUACUAUUUUUAAGCGAUUAUAUUAAAUGGGUCCAACCUCUUUCUCAGAGCAGAUCUAUUAGCAGCAGCAACCAGGCUAAAACUUCUACUAUCAAAAAGUUGCCAUAAUAGAGUAACCUGACAUUCCAUUUAUAAAACAUUCUGAGCCAGGAAGAUCUCAUUGUACUAUAUAUUUCAAGUUAUGAUAUUCACAGAGGAAGAUAUGAUGAAAGUAAUAUAUCUGACUUACUGGACAGGUUGAAAGUCUGUAUGGAUAUUAAAGUAUGUUGUCCAUUCACCAUGAGGGAUCCCAGCUUUGCAUUCUAGGAAGAAUGCGAUAUAUGUUUUAUUAGCGAGCAGCGUGAUGGCCUCCUAUGCAUCCCAUUUAGAUUUCUUCAUAGCAUAACACCUCUGUUGCUGAAAGAGUAUGCUCCUCCCAUUUCUAAGUGGAAAACAUGCAUAAGACUUGAAACCUGCACUAUAUUUUUAGCCAUGGCUAGAACAUAGCUCAGAAACAUUAUAUGCUGCUUAAGGAACUUUGGAUGCCAAUAGGAUUAAAAUACAAUAAUUUUACAAAUUUGAUCCUUGACACACUUAAGUAGGUCCAAUGAAAUCAACCAGGGGAAUGUGUUUAGAAUCAUGAUUCCAGUGCAUCAGAACUUCAUGACUUGGCACCUUAAUUCCAAAUGGAAACCUGCAGUUUCAAAUAGAAGUCAAUUAUAUGUCUGGGGUAAUGACCCUCCAUCCCAUUUUUGCCUGCAAGGCUAUAUCCUCCAAAUCACAUCCAUAUGUGACAUCAGAUGUGGGGCAGGUAGAUAUGUGGCUGGAUUGGCUCAACAACCAAGUUCACACAGUCUAUCCAUCCAGGAAGAAUGGUUGAAUUCACUGUUCAUCAUUUGAUCUGGCAAGGUGGGGAAGUUCAGCCUAUUGGAUUUGCUGCGCAACUGAGAUCCCCAAUCCCUGCAGAAUCAUGCCUAGGAUCAUGGCUUAGAUCUGAGCCCAAACCUUAUUUUUGAUACCUGAUCCUACCCUACACAUAUUUAAAGAUAUACCUCCCCACUGUUGCUAGCAGGAAUGACUUUCGAGUGAGUAUGCUUAGGAUCGCAGUCUCAAGAGCCUAGAGCUUACAGUAAGUGUUAACGGAACUUAUUUUUGCAUAAUUGAGGUUGUAAUUCAGAAGAACCAAGUAAAAGCUUUUCAACCUAACUCAAGUAAUAGUACCAGCAGUGCUUUUAUUGGGGGGGGGUAUUCAGGGGUACGCAUACCCCUAAACAUUUUGUGAAUCUAAAUUUGGCCUCAUUGAGGGGUAGGAUUUCAGUGUGAGUAGGAAAAUGAGAUUACCCCUGAACAUUUUUUAUUUUAUUUUAUUUUAUUUUAUUUAGAAAAAAAGCACUGAGUAUGAGUAAUAUGGUAGAGGGCUGGUAUCAGCACCUGACAUCCUUGGACAGAGCCCAGCAUAAGAAAUGCGUGAAGACGCCCAGUUUCUGUUGCUUGCUUCCUUUCGAGAGCUUUACACACUCAACUGUUCUUGAUGAAUUGGUUUUCAUUGUUUAUGGCUGGUGUUUUUAUUGCCUUUUAUGAUUUGCAUUGAAAUUGUGUGACUGUUAUAUGCAAAGUGGCUUUGAGGUCACCUUUGGCAGACAGUGAUAUAGAAAGGCUCUAAAUAAAUGUAUUAGAAAUGAUUUGGCAGGCUGAAUUCCUGGGUGCAGCGACACCAGAUAGUCAGAUAGCUUCUUUGCACCUACCUGUUUGGGUUUUCUGGCACGCUGCUACAGUUCACAGCAUUGGAACCAAACUCAACAUAUUGGUCUUGUUCAACACAACAGCAAGCCAAACUACAGCUUAGCAAGCCUGCAUGAACAUGCAAGCUCCCUUUUGGUCCAGCAGCAUGCUGAGCUAAAGCAAGAGCAAACCUUGGUUACAGCUUGUGGCUAGCGAGAACAAAGUUUAGUCACAAGAGUGGGUUCAGACAAGUUGCUAUGCCAAACCUUGGUUUACUGUGUUCUGCAAGUCAUGUGCAGAUUGCAAGUUUGUGUCAUGGACAGAGGCUUUUUUUUUUUUUUUGGUAUAGUUUUGUUUGUAAAUGACAUCUUUCUAAGAAAACUAAAUGUAAGUAGUAGUUAAAUGCAAACAGAUAAACAAUAUCACCAAACAAACAUUUCCCCUAUUUUUUAAAAUGCCAGUCUUUUUAAUAGUAGCAGUCAUAGAGUGUAGUGGACAGUAAUUAUUUUUCUGAAUGAGAUCUGUUUGAGCAAAUAUAUUGCUACAGAAGUUUGCAAAACCAAUUAAUUGAUUUCUAUUUUGUUUUUCAGUAUGGAUAUUGUAAUAUAAAUUACAGAGGUGGGUUUUUCACCAAAGUGUAAAUGCUGCUUUAUUUUAACAAAAAAUAAAAUAAAAAAUAAACAAAAACCUUUCAUUUUCUUUCC